CUCCCUCCGUCCCCGACUGCACCGUCCUCGCAAUGGCCUCUCUGAUGCGCCCCGGCUUCGUGAGGCAGGCCCCCGCCGCCUCGCAGCGCAUGCUGUCGACCCUCACGGCCUCCGCAAUCAACCGACCAGCCCUCCAGCACCUCGAGCGCGCCGCUCCCCAGAAGUCGACACGCAUUGCCGCCUUCCACGCCACGCAGCGCACCCAGAUCCUGCCCCCGCUGCCCCAGUCCGUCGUUGGCACCGCAAACGACCCGACACCCGUGCCCGAAGCAUCGCCGACCCACGGCAGCUACCACUGGAGCUUCGAGAGAAUCGUCUCAGCCGGCCUCGUCCCCCUAACCAUCGCGCCCUUCGCCGCAGGCUCACUGAACCCCGUCACCGACUCGAUUCUCUGCGCCCUGCUGGUCGUCCACUCGCACAUUGGCUUUGAAUCAUGUAUCAUCGAUUACUUCCCCAAGGCCCGCGUGCCCAAAGUUCGCACCGCUGCUAUGUGGGCACUCCGUGCUGCGACGCUCGCUACGGGCGUCGCUUUGUACUCGUUUGAGACGAAUGAUGUGGGUGUUACUGAGGCUGUUGUGAGGCUUUGGCGUGCGUAGAUGAUGUUUUCGGAAG